CAGUUAGCUUGGUUGAGGAUUUUUGGCUUCUAGGAGAUGUUUGCUGGGUAGUAAGCUUCAAGAGGAAGAAGUCAAAUUAUGGGCGGGUGUUAUAGCCAUCUCCUUAUCCUUUUGCUUUUUAGUCCUGUUUUCUUUUGGCUUGUUUUCUGUGAUUUGUUUUGGCCAGUUGUUGGGGACGGCCACUCCCACCUCAUCAUAUAGAGAAUGAUGUUGGCAUUGCAUACAAAAUGGAUCUUCUAUUUUUUGUGCAAAAGGGAGGCCAACUGCAAAGUCCACAUUGAAUAGAGAUAUGCCAUCAUUCGAUCAAACAAUUGAAUGAAACGCAGCAUUCAUCAUAUACCAUAAAAAAAUGUCCGAUAAAACUCCUCAAACGGGCAGUUCCAUAAACACAGAGGAAUCUGACCCGAAAAAUCAGCUGAUCAAUCUUGCACAAAUUCUGGAAAUUCUUCAAAAUUUUCAGAAUUUGGCACCCAAGGCCGAACCUAUCGAGAGCUCUUCCAAUCAGCCAUUAAAUAUGGCGGAAAAGCUCAACGAUAGGAACUACGCCAUUUGGGCGCGCAAAAUGAGUCUGGCGUUGGAUGGGAGAGGGCGGCUCAAGCACAUCACUGCCACACCUCUCAAAUCAGAUGAUCCCAAAUUUAUUAAAUGGAGACAAGCAGAUUCAACAGUUAUAACAUGGAUUCUAGAAAACAUAGAAUCAGAUAUUGUCAAUCAAUAUAUCGAUUAUCCAACUGCUUGGGAUCUGUGGAAGGGAAUUGAAGCCACCUACGGCUUCGGGAAAGAUCUCUUGCAGGUAUACAACUUGAUGGUGAAAGCUAGCAGCAUCAAACAAGGAGAUCAGACACUAGAGAAGGUCUACAGCCAAUUGCAAGCUGUGUGGAAGGAAAUCGACAGGAGGCGACCCAACCCGAUGAAAUGCCCAGAGGAUAUGACGAUUUUCACACAAAUUCAACAACAAAAUCGUUUGUAUCAAUUUCUACAAGCCAUAAACGAAGAGUUUGAUGUACAAAAACGUGAUAUUCUCAAAACAGAUCCUCUCCCCUCCGUAGAAGAGGCAUACGCCCAAAUCAGGAGGUUCAGGAGGAAGGCUACCAGGAAAGGAAUAAUGAAGGGAGACGAUGGGCCUUCAUCGGGAGAUCCCUCAGAAGGGUGCUUCAAGAGAAUCGGGUACCCAGAUUGGUGGCCUGGCAGCCGAAAGAGGGGGAAGAAGCUGCCUGGGGUCGCUGGGGCAGUGGUGGGCAAUCAAGAGACCACCAGCACCACCGCCGUCCAAGCGUCUGAAAACUUCGCCGGAAUCGCCAUGGGUAACGUCGAAGAAGAGAGCAGCGGCGAUAUUCGGACGGGGAAGAUCAUUGGGCGUGGUUCUGAGCGUAAUGGCCUGUACUAUGUUGAGGAAUUUGAUCAUUACGGAACUGCUACGCUUGCUCAUGGGACAGUGGACAGGCAGGCAUGCCCAAUCUUGCCACCUGAAACUGUCCCAACCGAGGAAGUAAGUCACUCCGUGAGAUCAUCUUUUGAGAACAUUGAACAGUUCAACAACUCUGAACUCAUGUUUGAUUCUACUCCGUCUGAAAAGACUCCUGAGGAGUCGAGGGGUGUUGUCGAAAAGUUGAUGCUCACAUUUGGGAAUUUUGCAUCAUAGCUAGGUUCUUUUUAAGAUUAUUUUCUCUAUUUCAGGUUUAUUAGUUGAUCGUACGUAUUUGGGGUUUGCAUUGAAUGCCAUCAAAUUUAACACAUUUUUUUAUUAGCAUAGUAUUUAUUUUUCAGGUUUUUUCUUUAACUGUUUUUUUUUGCGGUUUGUGUACCACGUCGUGAAAGUUAACAUUUAUUGGUUGAAAAGUUUCUCAUCACCAAACACAAAAUUUCACAUUUCUCCCAAUUUUCUCAUUGACAUUUUGAUCUUUCCUAAUAUAAAUUUGUAAAGUUC